AUGGCUUUUAUUCCUUUCUUUUUAAUUCCUGUCUCUUUCAUUCUUUUUUCUCCUUCCAUUCUUGUCUCUUUCUUUCCUUUCUUUUUCAUUCUUGUCUCUUUCAUUCUUUUUUUCUUCCAUUCUUGUCUCUUUCAUUCUUUUUUUCUCCUUCCAUUCUUGUCUCUUUCAUUCUUUUUUCUCCUUCCAUUCUUGUCUCUUUCAUUCUUUUUUUCUCCUUCCAUUCUUGUCUCUUUCAUUCUUUUUUCUCCUUCCAUUCUUGUCUCUUUCAUUCUUUUUUCUCCUUCCCUUCUUGUCUCUUUCAUUCCUUUCUUCUGCAUUCUUGUCGCUUUCAUUCCUUUCUUUUUCAUUCUUGCCUCUUUCAUUCUUUUUCUCCUUCCCUUCUUGUCUCUUUCAUUCCUUUCUUCUGCAUUCUUGUCGCUUUCAUUCCUUUCUUUUUCAUUCUUGCCUCUUUCAUUCUUUUUCUCCUUCCCUUCUUGUCUCUUUCAUUCCUUUCUUCUGCAUUCUUGUCGCUUUCAUUCCUUUCUUUUUCAUUCUUGCCUCUUUCAUUCUUUUUCUCCUUCCAUUCUUGUCUCUUUCAUUCCUUUCUUCUGCAUUCUUGUCGCUUUCAUUCCUUUCUUUUUUUCAUUCUUUUUCUUUCAUUCUUUUCUCCUUCCAUUCUUGUCUCUUUCAUUUCCUUUCUUCUGCAUUCUUGUUUCCCUUUCAUUCCUUUUUCAUUCUUUUUCAUUCCAUUUCUCUCCUUUCUUUUUCAUUCUUUUUUUUUUUUUUCUUCUUUUCUCUUUUUUCAUUCUUGUCUCUUUCUUCUUUUUCAUUCUUUCCUUUUGUCUCAUUCCUUUCUUUUUUUUUCUUCAUUCUUUCCAUCUUUCAUUCUUUUUCUCCUUCCCUUCUUGUCUCUUUCAUUCCUUUCUUCUGCAUUCUUGUCGCUUUCAUUCCUUUCUUUUUCAUUCUUGUCUCUUUCAUUCUUUUUUUUCUUCCAUUCUUGUCUCUUUCAUUCUUUUUUUCUCCUUCCAUUCUUGUCUCUUUCAUUCUUUUUUCUCCUUCCAUUCUUGUCUCUUUCAUUCUUUUUUCUCCUUCCCUUCUUGUCUCUUUCAUUCCUUUCUUCUGCAUUCUUGUCCUUUCUUUUUUUUCUUUUCAUUCCUCUUUUUUUUUUUUCCUUCCAUUCUUGUUCUCUUUCAUUCUUUUUUUCUUCCCUUCUUUUCUCUUUCAUUCUUUUCUUUUCAUUCUCAUUCCUUUUGUCUCUUUUCAUUCCUUUCUUUUCAUUCUUGUCGCUUUCAUUCCUUUCUUUUUUCAUUCUUUUUCUCCUUCCAUUCUUGUCUCUUUCAUUCCUUUCUUCUGCAUUCUUGUCGCUUUCAUUCCUUUCUUUUUCAUUCUUGUCUCUUUCAUUCUUUUUUUCUUCCAUUCUUGUCUCUUUCAUUCUUUUUUUCCUUUUCUUUGUCUCUUUCAUUCUUUUUUCUCCUUCCAUUCUUGUCUCUUUCAUUCUUUUUUCUCCUUCCCUUCUUGUCUCUUUCAUUCCUUUCUUCUGCAUUCUUGUCGCUUUCAUUCCUUUCUUUUUCAUUCUUGCCUCUUUCAUUCUUUUUUUCCUUCCAUUCUUUUCAUUCUCUUUCAUUUCCUUUCUUCUUUCUUCUUUUUUCAUUCAUUCCUUUCUUUUUUUCAUUCCUUUUCUUCUUUCAUUCAUCUUUUUCUCUUCCCCUUCUUGUCUUUCUUCUUCCUUUCUUCUGCAUUCUUGUCCUUUCAUUCUUUUUCCUUUUCUCUUUUUCUCUUUCAUCUUUUUUUCCUUCCCUUCUUUCCUUUUUCAUUCCUUUCUUCUCUUCUUUUCUCUUCCUCCUUUUUCUUUCAUGCUCUUUUCCUUCCUUUCAUUCCAUUUUUUCUUUUCAUUCUUUCUCCUUCUUCCUCUCUUUCUCUUUUUUUUCUCCUCUACCUUCCUUUCAUUCCUUUUUUAUUUCUUUUUUUUCUUUCUUGUCUUUCAUUUCUCUUUUUUUCCUUUUUCUUUGUUCUCUCUUCUUUUCUUUCCUUUUCUUUCUUUCAUCUUUUCUUCCUUUCUUCUUUUUUUUCCUUCCAUUUUUCUCUUUCUUUUUUUCUCCUUCCCUUUUGUCUCUUUCAUUUCCUUUUUUCUGCUUUUUUGUCCUUUUCAUUCCUUUUCUUUUCAUUCUUUCCUCCCUUUUUCAUUCUUUUCUCUUACCUUCUUUUAAUUCUCUUUCCUUCUUUUCUUCUGCAUUUUUUAUUCCUUUCUUUUUCUUUUUUUUCUUGUUCUUUUUGAUUCUUUUUCAUUCUUCUUGUCUCCUUUUUUUUUCUUCUUCUUGUCUCUUUCAUUCUUUUUCUUUUUCAUUCUUUUCUCUUUCAUUCUUUUUUCUCCUUCCUUCUUGUCUCUUUUCUUCCAUUCUUCUCAUUCUUGUCCUUUCAUUCCUUUUCUUUUUUCUUUCUUGCCUCUUUCAUUCUUUUUCUCCUUCCCUUCUUGUCUCUUUCAUUCCUUUUUAUCUUAUUCUUCUCCUUUUCAUUCACUCUUUUUCUUCCAUCUUUCUUUUCUUUCAUUCCUUUUUCUUAUUCCUUUCAUUUCUUCUUCCUUUUUUCUUUCUUCUUCAUAUUUUCUUUUAA